CAACAUGGCUUCCAGCUUCUACCACUCCAUGGUACCUCAACCUACAUUUGUACCUCCUGCCCAAAACACUGUCCAACAAGAGUCACCCAAAGAAAAGAAAAAGAGGACUAGAAACCCAGAGAAUUGGAAAAAAGAGAAGAGAAAACGUGCAAUUCUCUCUGGCCAGGCGUACGUGAACACUAAAGGAGAGUUGGUGGGGCCUCGCGCUAUAGGUCCGGACUGUAACUGUAAGAAUAAAUGUUUUACGGCAGUGUCCGACGACAACCGUAAUGCUAUAUUUAACGGCUACUACUCCCUCAACAGCUAUGAUGAGCAGAACGCCUACUUGUAUGGUCUCAUCCGCCGCCACGAUAUACAGCGUAAGCGUAAACCUGUCUCUGAGCGGAGAACUUGUUCCUACAAAUACUAUAUUCGUAUUAAAGGAAAAGAGAUACAGGUGUGUAAGAAAGCUUUUGCCAACAUCCACGGUAUAUCAGAUAAGAAGAUCAGAACACUGUGUAUAAAGCAUGAGCAGAACAUCUUGUUUCCCAGAGACAACAGGGGAAGACAUCGCAACCGACCUAAGAAGGUAACGCCGGAGUUGGUGACACUGAUCAAGCAUCACAUCUUAAAAAUGUUGUCGGGGCCCAACGGUAGUGACUAUAUCAAGACAGACAAGAACCAGGGUCCUGAUGUUAACAUAUCCAAACUACACAAGAGUUUCCUGCAGCAGUAUGAACCUGAAGCUAUUGACCAAGAGACAGAUAAAGUCAUUAAGGACUAUGAUGCCAAGGUGAAGUCAUGGCUCUACUUCAAAGUGUUUCAUGAGGAAUUCAAAUCAAUGGACUUCAACACAGUCAAGAGGAAACUGUCAGAUUUACGCAAGAGUUUAGAAGCGUCGGGAGCUCUGCAGGCCACCAAGAAGAAGACCACCAAACAGUCGCGUCCACGGCCUCGUCCACAGGAGAACCAGGUCGCUCGCAACGCCACGCCCAUCGAUGCCUCCACAUCUUCCCUGGGUGUGGCGGUGUCGGCCGCCCCGGCCACACAGAUGGGUGGGUACAUGGGUCAGCAGCCCCCGACCCUCCCACCAAACCUCCAGUUAAGUGUUCUUGGUCUCCAGCAUUUAGGGAAUAACUCUCACGCUGGAGCAGCUUUCAACCCCACAGCAGCUGCUCAGCAGCCUCAACAGCAGCCUCUCAACCUCCAGACCGGUGGGGGCGGGGAACAGCCCCAGCCGCUGCCCUUAAACUUACACUCCAUGGGUGGUCACAUGCCUUCCUACUACCUCUCCUUAGGUCACAUGUCAAACCUCAUAUCCCUCCCCGUGUCUUCGGGAGGAGGAGUUCAGGGGGCCAAUACUCAGUCUGGCAACUUCCCCGGCCAGCACAACAUGCAGCAGUUUAACCCGGGUUCUAUCGUACCGUCUCACUCUGUAGCACAGACGGCUCCUGGACCUGCAGGUCAGCCUCACUUACUUCAGGGCGGGGUCGGGGUCACGUACGCUGGUCCUCAACACAACCACGCCAUGUACUGACCGUCUUAAUACAUUAUAAUGUGGCACAUUAUAAUGUAUACUGGUGGCAUUUUUAGUGAAGUAAUGUAUAAGGAUUUUGUAUGACCUACAGAUCAUUCAUCAAGUGACCUGUAAGAUGACCCACAGAGCAGGGCCUAUACUGUUUAAGAGGCCAUGGUGUUUGAGGUGGCACCACUGUCCCACCUGGAUCACUGUUAACUGACACUCAUCCAAUCACACCAGAGUUUAUGGAGCAGCGGGAGGCCUCGGUGAAGAGGUCUGACGGUGACACACAAUUGUUCUCUCCUUGUGACGUUCUUUUACAAAAUAAAAGAAGACUCCAACCUUGAACUAGUGAUUGUUUUGAGAGUCACCAAGUACACACCCAUCCACUAGUUAGCUGGACUUGGCUCCCUCAGAUAUAAACUUGAGAGUAUUACCAAACCUCACAUUUCCCUGCCUGGCACCAGGUCUGCUCUUCUCUACAUAACAUCCACCCAAAUAUUCUCUACAAAUUAAAAAUUUCUCAUGUUGAAAAUGUGGCAGUUGAUUUAAUAAUCCCCAAAAUAAAAAAUGGUUUUCCCCAUAAGUAGGAAAUUGGUACAGUACCGUAGUAAUUAGUGGUGUCACAAAAUACAAACAUUGAAUUGGUGGCACCUAUGUGUUGAGUUAAGGUGAGUCCCAUUGGUGGCACCUGUGUGUUGAGUUAAGGUGAGUCCCCUUGAGCCUGGUGAUUUACUCCCUCCAGCAGUGAAGAACAUAUCCAGUAGUAUUAGUUUAUUAUAUAUGAGUCAUUAUAGAAUACUGAAGACAUUUGUAUCGGCCUUUUUGUGAGGCAAAGCAGAGAAGUACAUGAAUUUCUAACUUUCCAUUUAACUUGUGUAAAUUGAUGCCUUGAAGGGAACUUUCCCAUUAUUGUAACUUACAGACAACUGAAGAUAGUGUAUUCUAUCUUUAUGAACUUCACUUUAUUAAUAGAGGGAUGAUGGACAUUUAUCCAGUAUGUAGGUGGAUGUGAGUGAGUGAGUGUGAUGACCAGAGGACUAGUCUUCCUUGAUAGGAGGUGAAGGACAUCUUGUCAAGGAUGUUUAUUGCUUCCUUGGUGCGCCCCCAAAUUCAUCAUCCCUCACUUACAGGCCACAUGCUUAAUAACUUGUUAGCUAUAAAACAAAGGAUCCACCUGUAGGUACGUAACUCCUCUUGGUGUGUUUCAUCAUUGGCAGGAAAAUGUGAGGCUUGUGGCUGGAUUCUCAAGUUUGUCUGAAGGAUUCAAAUUAAGUGAACUAGUUUGAGGGUUCAUCGUGGCAUACUAGUGGUCCACCUCUCUCGUGAAGUCAGCAGAAUAGAAGGUUACCUCAUGAACCUUAGUGUGGCUGAAUUAAUGCUUCUUUACAGUGUUAACUCUACCUGACAUUGACAGACAGUGGCCAUCCCUCAUAACACAACUGGCCCCCUGAACAUAACUGAGACAGACAGUGGCCAUCCCUCAUAACACAACUGGCCCCCUGGACAUAACUGAGACAGACAGUGGCCAUCCCUCAUAACACAACUGGCCCCCUGGACAUAACUGAGACAGACAGUGGCCAUGCCUCUUAACACAACUGGCCCACUGGACAUAACUAAGACAGACAGUGGCCAUCCCUCAUAACACAACUGGCCCCCUGGACAUAACUGAGACAGACAGUGGCCAUCCCUCAUAACACAACUGGCCCCCUGGACAUAACUGAGACAGACAGUGGCCAUGCCUCUUAACACUCUUGGCCACUGGACAGAGCCAGUUGGCUUUGUCUAUAAGUUGUUCAAGCAGGUAAACUUGCAGGUCACCUGAUUCUUCACCUCAACCAUAAAGAAAAUAUUUCAUACUUUUUUUUCCUUUUUGAUACUGUUGAAAAUCACAUAUUUGUUGUACAAUAUAGUACUGUACUGGCAAACUAUUAAACUAGUUAACAGAUAAAGUAGAUAUGGUGCUGAUCAAGUGUAUGAGGCAAGAUAUAUAUAUUUUUGGCUCCCAUGGGAUUGUUUGAGCAAGAAGAGGUAGUAGUAAAUAUAACCCCAAUACCCCUUAAUGAUAAGGAAACAAUGGCUGUGCUAGAGUAGGUUCUGACACUUUCUCAGUGAACAUAUUUUACAUUUACAAUAUCGUCGUCAGUAACUACCUGGAUGUGGGUUGUUCGCCUUCAUCAUCAUUUCCCUGGGCUUCACAGACACACUCAUGUUUACAGUUAGUUCUCCUGUAACCAGUUUAAUUGGUGUGUGUGGCCAGUCCAUCAUUCCAGUUACUUGUGAAAAAUCUCCUUAGCCGGACAGAAUUAUCACUGAACUGGACCUUGAUCACAGAGACAUCACAAAAUAAACCAGAAUAUAGGGAACAGUAGAACAAUAUUGUGUCGAAAGGUAAAUAAAAAAAAAGUGUGUGUAAUAUAAGUGUUGGGCUGGGUGUAGUAAACAGAAAUGAGAGAAUGCUGUAGAGAUAAUAAUAAUAGACAAGUCUUAUUAGUCUCAGACACAGAUAUUGUUUAAUUCUGGUUAAGAAUUGUUGAGUUAAUGGAGACCUCAAUGUACAUCAGUGGUUUAUAGUGGUACUUUAAUUGACAGAUAGUAAGGAUUUAGUAUCACACUCUUGACUAAGUGGACAUCUUUUCCAUGUGUAACAGUCGGUCCUCCAAUACAGAUUCAAGUUUGUUUUGAACACAUAAUUGCUUUCUACAUUUAUAGCAUCUUAAAUAAUUUUUACAACAUUUACCAUUGUUUAAAAAAUCAUUAUAAACACUUAGAGAUAUUCAAUAAAAUAUUAAUAUGAUGUCAUAAAGAAAUAAACUGUAAAAUAGGAAAGGAAAAUAUUGUUGGCAGUGUCCAGGGCCAACAGGUAAUACACCUUUUACUGUGUUUUACUCUUUACUUCACUAAAUCAUAUCAAAGAGUCUAUGCUCUGGGAGGAUGGCUCACUCAGUGUUAAGUUUUUGAUCUCCCGCUAAGGUGGCACCGCCAAGUAGUCAGUAGGUUAUGGACAUCAAUGUUUAGGUGUCUAGGAAUGUUGUCUCAUAGCAACACAUUGAUGAUUUUGCCAAAAAACAAUGCACUAAUAUUUGCUUACUUAAAGGGAAUAUACUUCCUUCGGUUGUUCAGUAAGAGCAGUGGUGGCAGCUGCAGCUUUACACCAGUUAAUUUGGAAGAAAAAAAUCACAAAGUAAACCAAUGCACUUUGUUGUAAUUGUUUUGAACAAGUUAUUAAUGAUAUAAAGAACAUCAGUGUUUUUACAAGUCGGUAAAAGAAUUGGCAGUAACAUUACUGUACUUUUUCACGAGGUUAUUGAUGACCAACAUUUAACAAAAAAGUACUGUACAGCUUCCAUCCCACAACUACCAAGGUAUUGCUGGAAAUUUAUGACUAGCUGUAAAAAUUAGUUUCCUACUGUGGAAAAAGUUUGAAGAUCAGACUACAUUAUUCCAUGUUGAAAUAAUAUUUAUUCAGUGAAAUUGUCAUGCAGGUUUACAGUUAGAUAGGCAUGUAUGUAGACUAUGCUUCUGUAUGCCACUUGCCACAUGGAAUUUUUCUUGAAUCAUCAGUGAUUUAAAGUAAGAAAAAUUGAGUGAAAUUGCCUUCAUAGGUUAGGUUGGGAUUGGUUAGGUUUUCAUGAAUUUCACACUUGUUUCUUGGGUUCAUGUUGACUCAUAAGGGAUGAGUUGUAAUCCAUUCAAAACAUCGAACUAUGCAGCAAAACAUCAUUUCAUCAAAAAGUCGUUGGGGUCUAAAAACGAAUAUUGAGCCAAAAUGUCAAAGUUCCAGCCUUAUGUUUUCAACAAUCCAACAAUAUUCUGCUAACUUUAUAAAUAUAUUUUGUUGAUAAUCUGUUGUUCACUAAAGGUUCUGAAGAGUAGAAAAUUAUCAAUACUGAAGACAUUAAAUGAAGAGAGAGCUCAUAAAAACAUUGGCACAAGUAGCUUUAUGACUCGCUCUUUUUGGCUCCUUUGGUAAUCUGAAUAAAGACAGAUUUCUGUUCCUUUUCGUGUUGUUGGAACAAUCAUUAUAACACAUUGUAGGUGGUAAAAUACACUGAUAUCCCCAUUAGUCUGAGCAGUUGGUGUAGAGCACUCCAAGGAAUGACAGAUUUCUGGGAACGAAGCGACUCAUCAGACCAAGAAAAAAUCCCCCGUCCCUUAAAUUUUUCCGGGUACAGUACUGGGAAAAGUUUAUUGGAAUUUUUUGCUUUAUUUCAUCCUUGGAAUUUGCUUUCAGAACCCAGAAAAAAAAAUAUUGGAGAGAGUUUCUAGAAUUUUGCUCAUAAUUUUCCAGAAAAUGUGCCCGAUUUUCAACCUCAUAGAAUCAUUCCAAAACCCAGAACUGAGAGAAAUUUCCCAGAGAAAUUCCAAGCAAAUUUCAGUUCUGGCUAUUGGGGAGUUCCGGCCAACACUCAUUGAAAUGUGCGUCUCCCUCUCUUUAAUCUCUGCCUGCCAUUUAUUGUUUGUGCUUGGCUGGGCCACAGUCGGGGUGAAUGAGUUCACCCAAUGUAGUGAGCCAUCUCUUUACAGUAUAGACUCCUUGGUCAUACUUCAAAUAAUUUAUGUUUUUUUUUUAAUUUUAGGUUAAGUGUAGGAGACUCCUGAGUCCUGGAGAAACUGUUGUUCUGUUGUGUAUUAAUUACUUCUCUCUCCACAAAUGUUAAUAAAGAGAAGAAAGUUAAGAUAAAGUUUGUCUCGUGAAGCAGUUGUGUUAUGACUUGAACCACAGCAGGUGACAACUGCAGGUAUGACAGUACUGUACUGGUGUACCACAACACACUUCGCCACAAUAUACCUCACAACACACUUCACCACAUUGUGCCACAAUUAUGUUAGAUAAUUUAUGUAUGAUAAUAAGUUACAACUGUUUGAGGAUAUUAAAUUAGGUUGAGGUUUACCAUAAUAACACAGUACAGUGCAGCACAACACAGUACAGUGCAGUACAGUACAGUACAACACA